CAAAUUAUUCAUACCUAAAUAUUAUUACGAUUUAGAAGAUAAUUGCGAUCGAAACAAAGCUGCAAUGGCGAGUAACACUGUCGAGAACUCGAAGCAAGUAAUGGUGGUUGCUAUGGACGAGAGCGACCACAGCACGUACGCGCUCGAAUGGACUCUCAGUCACUUCUUUAUCCCCUAUGCAUCAAACCCUGUUUUCAAGCUCGUCGUCGUCCAUGCCAAGCCCCCUCCUCCCGCCAUGGCCCUUGUCGGACCUGGAGGAGCUAAAGUUUUGCCAAUUCUGGAGGCAGACUUACAGAAGAUAGCCAUGCGAGUUGCCGAGAAGGCGAAGAAAAUUUGCGCCAGUAAACAGGUGAAUGAUGUGGUGGUGGAGUUGGUGGCUGGGGAUGCUCGAAACGUUCUCUGUGAGACUGUAGAAAAACACAAGGCAUCCAUCUUGGUUUCUGGAAGCCAUGGCUAUGGAGCUAUCAAAAGGGCCGUCCUAGGCAGCGUAAGCGAUUAUUGCGCUCAUCAUGCUCACUGCACUGUGAUGAUUGUGAAGAGGCCGAAAAUUAAAAACUAAAAUCUGCCACUCUCCAAAACGUCUCUACUAAAGAGCAGUAGCUGCUGUGUCCGGCAGUCCGCCAGCAAAUAAUUUCAGGCAUGGUUGCUGUUUUGAUCCUUGGAAAGAAUUGUUACUCGAUGUAAAAUAUGUUAUUGUCUA